GGCCUCUUUCACGACGUCGUUCCUAACAAAUCGCCUAAAGAUCCGGUUAACAGAUCAAUCCACAGGAUUCACCGAUUUUGGGUGCAUUUAUUUCUAGUCCUUUUCACUGACGUUUCUAUUGCAGCUCUCACAACAGAAAAAAUCUAUCCACCUGUCUCUCAAUGGUUAAUGCUGCUUCGAACAUCUAUCUCUCCAUCUCUGCUUCCGAUUUCUAUCAGGAUUAGUAAAUAAACACCAAGAUUUUUUUGUAACUUUCUGUUACAAGAAUGGGGAUCGAAACGAUCAAGGAGUUAUCAUGGUUUACUACUAUUUGGAAAUCUUCACGGAAACCCACAAUCUUGGAGCCCAAAAAACCCUUAAUCGGGAUCAUGUCAUUCGAAGUCUCCAGAUUAAUGGCAAAAAUAGCUAACUUAUGGCAAUUCCUAUCCGAUAAACAAAUGACCCGGUUACAAGAACAACUCAGCAACUCAAUUGGAACUCAGAAACUCGUUUCAGAUGACCACAAUUACCUCAUGGAGCUUGCACUACUUGAAAUCCUAGAAAACAUCAAUUGUGUGGCUCAAGCCGUGGCUAGGCUCGGGAAAAAGUCGACAGAUCCAAUUUAUCAUAAUCUUGAACACAUUUUUGAUAACCCUCUUGAAAUCGAUGUUAAUUGGUGUGGGUGGGAGUAUAAAUUGAAGAAAAUGGAAAAACAGGUUAAAAAAAUGAAGAGAUUUGCUGCAGUUACUUCACAGUUGUAUGAAGAAUUGGAAGUGUUAUAUGAGCUCGAAAACGGUUUACAAAGAAAGCAAGAAAAUAACACAGAUCCAACAAAAUUACACGAGUUUGAAAAGAAAGUGAUGUGGCAACGUGAAGAGGUCGCUGGUCUACGUGAGAUGUCAGUGUGGGUUCGCCCGUAUGAUUACAUUCUCAGACUACUAGUUCGAUCGCUUUUCACAAUAGUCAAUAGGGUGAAGGGCGUUUUCGGAAUAACACAAAGAUCCUCGGCUCAUAUCUCACGUGGAGGAAGUGAUAUUCGCAAGGGUAGUUGUUUUGCGCGAAGUAAUUCCAUUUCUGCCCUUGUAUCGGUCUACCCUUUCGAACGUGACAUCAAGAGGUCAGCAUCGAAUCUUGGUGAUAAAGCUAUAAAAUCAAGAAACUCGGGUCAUAUCAAAUCACUCAAAACGGGUUACAUUUUGUUCGAUUCCAAGAAAAGAUUGUUACAUGAGCAAAAACCAACACUUGGUGAUGCGGGUUUAUCUCUUCAUUAUGCAAAUGUGAUUAUAUUUAUUGAAAGAUUAGCGAUUUCGCCUCACUUUAUUUGUCCUGAAGCACGAGGAGAUCUUUAUCAAAUGUUAACCACAAGAAUCAAGAACUCAUUUAGAGUGAAAAUUAGAAACGAGGGUUUCAAGGUUUAUAGCCGUGAUGUUGCACAUGAGUGGAGUUCAUUGAUGCAAAAAACACUCGAUUGGUUGGGCCCACUUGCUCAUAAUAUGAUAGAAUGGCAUUCUGAGAGGAAUUUUGAGAAGCAACGAAUGGGUUUGGGAGGAAAUGUGCUUCUUGUUAAUACUUUACAUUAUGCGGAUCAAGUGAAGUGUGAAGAUGCAAUUACAGAGCUUGUAAUGGGGCUUCAUUAUGUUUCAAGAUUUGGGAGAGAGAUUAAUGAUAAGGCUUUUUUGGGGUCUGGGUGUGGUAUGGAGUGUGAGGAUUAUUCGGUUCAUAAGUGUAAGAUAGGUUCGAUUGGGUUAUAUGACUAAUUGGGUGUGAGAUUUCUGUCUUCUUGACAUAAUUGUAUUUGUUGAGAACUUGUUUAGUUUAUAUGGAUAAAGUAUAAACAUGGUUCUCUUUUGAGAUGGAUGAGUCUCAUGUAGAGUGUAAACUUAGGUCUUGUUUAUUGUUGUUGUAAAAUGUAAAUAACAUUCCACGUUGCUGGAUGCUCGUGGUUUGUUUGGAACCUUAGCGUGUCUUGGUGCAUUUGACAAUUUUACUAUCAUUUGUAUAAAGUUUCGUGUGAGGUGUUUGUUUAAGUUUUGUAAUAUAAAAUGUUUAGGUUUGUUUGUUAUAUAGAA